AUGGGUGAGAUGGAGGAGGUGGAGCAGGUGGAUGAGGAGAAAGAGGUGGACAAGGUGGACCAGGUACACCAGGAGGACCGGGAGACCCUCUCGUUCCCCAGUGUCACUGCUGACGUCGGAAAUCAGUCACUACACCCACCACCGUCCAUCAUAUGGUACGUCAACAAACGGGAGGAGGAGCUGAUGAAGAAAUUCCAGGAGCAGCUGGAGGAGAUGACGCAGAUGCUGCGGGGUGAGAUCUGGAACCAGAACCACGCACUGGAAAUGUUGAAGGAGCAGCUCCAGUCAAUGCAGGAUUCCAAGUUGCAGAUUCAGCCGUCUACCUCGCGCCACAUUCACAGUCCUGAGCCCCAGCCUUUGGAGCCAGUGCCCAAGAAACAACGCAUUGAGCCGAUGAACAGGUCCUUCCCAGACUGCAAGGAGGCCAAGCAUUUCUGUGGUUCAUGUUCAUCCUACUCCUUCCAAUUCCCUGAGGAGCUUGAGGAGCCCUGUGACGCCUCUUCCCAGCAGGAGGAGAGGCUGCAGGAGCAGUCACAGCAGCAUAAUGUUACUAUGGAAAACCAAGUGAUGCAAAUACUCAUGCCAAGCCAACCUGGCCUCUCCUUGCCCCUCGAUAACACCCAUACGUUUACGUCGACGCAGCACAUCACGGUUCCUGUCCGAUUAGCAGCUGAGCAACAGCUCUCCAGCAACUAUCGUGGUGAAAACCCUGGGGGCCAGGAAGGCAGGAGUCAUAGUUUUCUUCUUGAGGACCAGCAGGGGCCCUGCCUGAGUCCAUUGCUCCUGGCACAUAACCCAAGCUCUGAGAUGAUUUCUUCUACCAUCAUCCCUCAGUGUCAGAUAAGUUCUGACUCAGACUUAGUCAUGCUGCAGAUGCCAGAGGAUUUCAACCAACUUUGGCAACAGCCACAAGACCCACAGCAUCACCUUUACCUCCAGGUACCAACCCCUGAGACAGAAGUCCAGGGCUCUUCAGGUCUACAGAUUUUCCAAGACGACGCAGAAUACGGGCCAGGCCAGAUCUGCUACUUCAUGUCUGCAGCACCGUCCAACUUGUACGAGUAG